UUCAAUAUAUACUGUAUGUUAGUACUAGAUCAUUUUCCAUGUAUUAAUUCAUUUUUUCAUCUAAAGGACGCCAAAAAAGAUGAAUCCGUCCGCAAAUCCUACAAGUACCUGGCUGCCCUGCAUGAAAACUGUAAUCAGUUGAUCCAGACCAUCGAGUACACCGGGACAAUCCUGAGGGAGAUUCGAGAUCUAGAGGAGCAGAUUGAGACUGAAAACGGCAGUAAAACUGUGGCCAACCUCGAGAGGAUUCUGAGCGACUACAAGGCCAUUCGACAGGAGAACUCUGCUCUUGCUGCCAAAGUCCGUGAAGGCUGAAGGAUCUCUGUCUACCUGCUGCGGAGUCUGCGGCUCACCUGUUGUGGCGAGAGCAGCUUCUCCUCAGAGGCAAGCUGAUGAUUGAAGCACAGAACUAACCCGCCAUUUUAAAGUGUUCGGGUGGAUGAAGAGGACAAUUAGUGUUUCAUUUUAAACUGAUUCUACGGCUGGACGUGCACUGGGCUGAUGCAACAAUACAGUGCCAGCAGAGGGCGCUGUCAGACCGUUCUGUGCCAAUGUUAAGUCAUUCAUAUUGAUGUAUGAAAUGUUAUCACAGCAUAUCUUGAUCAAAUCAAACCUGUGACUGGGACAUUUUAAUACAGGAAGUAUUCCAGCAUUUUCUGACAUGAGCAGUUGCUUCAUUUGAGCUGAAUGAAACUGAAUGUAUUCCAAUGAUGAUGCGGUCCAGCCCCAUCUGCAAAGUAUUGUUGUAUAAUAUGGUACCAGCUUGAAUAAAGAUGCCUUACACACUUGAA